ACAAGCAUUUUUUUUUUAUUUCGCCGCCAUAGAAAUGCUGCCGCAGCGGCCGGGAUUCCAACCCGCGACCUCGUGUGCUCAUCAUCAGAGCGCCAUGGCCACAGGGGGUCACCGCGUCGAAUCUCUCUCUCUCUCUGAAGAGUCGACUCGUCUAGGGGAAAGGUGCGGCGGCUGCUGCAUUGCCGCCGCAAGCGCAGCGUGGGAAAUAAUCUCGCGCAUCGUCGCGCGUCCUUCGGAAGCUGGGGAUCGUCUGGCCGAUUGUGUUUGUGCCUUUCCGGCGUUGACUUUCAUGGCGUCGAGCAGCGACCGAGGGGAUGCGACGGCGCGCACCGGCGAGCAGGCCGAAGCGAGGCGAAAGGGGGGAGACCGAUCGAGCUCCUGGGCGCGCGGUCAGUUGGUUUGAAAGGGUGAACGUAACAAAAAAGGAGUACGCGAUACAAUCGUGCGAGACAGUAUACCCGCAACCGUGUGUAUAGUGACCCGGCCGAGGAGCAAUGAUGCUGAACAUCGACACUAUGCGGAUCGGCUCGACGGUCGAGCUGGCCGUCGAGCCGACGCCUGUCACGCCGCCUGUCGACGCGGAGCCGCCCCUCCGGCUGGAGCGGUCGCCGGUCGUGCAGGCCGAGCCCGCAAAGCCCUUGGCCAACAAGAAGGGCGCGUUGCGCUCUUUCUUCUGGGGCACCGGCUGCACCGGCAAGGAGCAACCGCUCAGGAACAAGCGCAAGAAGGAGCUGCUCCGGGAACUGGCCGACCUGCAGCGUGAGAACGAGAGGCUGCAGUCGGAAUGCGAUUACGUGAAGCUCAUCUGCUCGGAGCUGAAGCAGGAGCGCCUGAUCGAUCUGGAAAAGGUGUCGAGGGCCAAGGCUCAAGAGCGCAAGCUGCGCAGCGAGACGCAGUUCAUGUCCUCGGCCUCUCAGACUGACCCUUGCAACAACCUGCUCGGAGAAUUUAGGGCCGUGCCGAGAAAGAACUACGCCUUCAUCUACAACGUGUUCACAGUUCCGACUCCGGAGCAGCUCAAGAGGUCGUUGGAGAAGUUUCAAAAAGCCAAUCCCAAGAUCGGCUUCAAGGUUGGCUCCAAGAGCGACGUGAAGAAGAGAAACAGCCACAACGACGCUCGGGAAGACGACGUUACGCCCGAAGUCCCCGAAGAGAACGGCGCAACGGAGAAGACUCCUCAAGAAGCAGUCGAAGGGGUGACCGAAGAGCCGGCCAUAGAUGACGACGACCCAAAAGCCGAUGCUCGGAACCAGAGCCCGGUUGACGAGGAGAGUGGUGGCACUGUUGUGCGAACCGAUCUACCCGAAGUCAGGUCGUUGGAUUCCGCCUCCGCACACGAGUCAAGUCCAAAGAAAAAAUUGUCUACGAAGUUCUCGUCUUCCACAACUGGCAGGUCCGGUGACACCGUCGACGCGGAAGGUGGUUCAGGUGGUCUCGCGUUGCCUGCGCAGACCGAAAGCGCCCUCGAGGCUUCUGUAGUAGAACUUAAAGAGCCCGAAGUCCCUGCAGCAGAAGUGAAGGAGCCCGAGUUUCUUGCAGGAGCACUGCAAGAAGUGCAAGCUGGACCUUCCGAUACCGCAGUAGAGACAAACGCAACCGACGUUCCGACUGUGCCCCCUUCCCAAGAUUGGCCUCAAGAAGAGUCGCCCGCUGCAGACGACAAGAAUACUGCCGCGCUGGACGAAGCCGUCAUACUGAGUUACUGCUCCAGUGCGAGUAAGGCCAGUGUUCGCGAAGACCCAUCGGGAGCUGGAACACCACGCGAGGAGGCACCGGUCGUAUGCUUGUCACCGUCGGAGAAUAAGAUGUCUGAAAAGUCAUCCGAGAGCUCUCUGCUUCUAAAGCUUAGGCAAGCCGUUUCAAACAUGGCCGCUAGUUUGGAGCCGGACGUGGACUUCCCACAGCCGUCCUCCGAUAAGCGCGACGCGGUGAAGAGCGUACGAGAAGCGCCGACAGGGAUGGAGGUCAAUGUCGAAACUGCCCCCCACGCGGGACAGCGCUACGGCGUGGGCACGGAACCGAUGACGAGCCGACACUUCCUACCCCCGAACCACGCCGACGCUGGAGUCCAGAGGGACCCCGGCCGCAAGGAGUUCGAGAAGAGGAGGCGAGUUUCGUGUGCCACGCUUAAACCCCCGCUGCAGAAGACUAUCGUGAUGAACGCGACCCUGUGUCGCCACCUCGAGAGUCCCGCUAGACCAGCGUCCGGCGCUUCCUCCAGACGGGGUGCCGCGACGCCCGCGAGCACGGCUAGCACACCGCGACCUUGGAGUCUGAACAUGCCAAGACUGGCUGCAGUGGAGGCGCAGCAGUCGGCGUCUACGCCUCUUCGUCAGCUUGACACCACGUCACCGCAGCCUGGUCCCUUCAGCAUGGAGAGGCGGGCUCUGAGCACGCCGUUGGAGAGGGACUCCCUCAGCAGCGACACGGGAGCGGACACCGACUGCGCCGCGGACGAGUCUUCGAGUGAGUUCCACGCGAGCGCGAGGAACGUGGCCAACACGGCGCUCACGAACAGGACGAGUGGCGUUAGUCGCGGGACGGCGAGCCAGGCGUCGUCGGCGCGAUCGGCCGCCACGACCUCGGCGACGACGGCCAGCGCUACCAGCAAGAAGCGCAAGACCUUUCGCAAGAAGAAGAACUCGCCCCGCAGAGCGGGCAGCGCGCUUCCGCGUUUGCCCUCUACGUCGAGCAGCGAGGAAAGCCAGCGCACGCCGAGGCGCACACGCACGGGGUCGUCCCGUGCCGGUGCGAGCACUAGGUCGACGACGUACUCGGGUGCGCCGUCGACUCCUUCGAGAACGACGAGGCCGCCGUCGUCGGCCAGUCCUGUGUCGCCAGUCAGCGUGGCCCUCUCCAACAACGCCGAGACCGUCGCCGACUCCGAUACGUCGCGGCCCACCACCGCCUUCGGACCGAAAGAUGGAGCGUCGACCAGGAAUUCCGGCCGGGCCGACAGCAGGGCGACUUCUACGACAGCCAGAGGCGGCUCGCCUAUGCUUUCGGACAGGCGCAGGGACCUCUCGCGAGCCACGACACAGAGCUCACUUCUGUCGAGGCCUCAGAGGGAUCUGACGUCGUCCGAGAUGUCGCCCUCGGAGUCGGAGACUCCCACGCCCACGGCACGCCGGCGAUUCCUGGCAGGCCACGAGAACGAACCCAGCUCGGUGAAGUGCAAGAGGAGCAUCUUCGAGACCCUUUCUUCAGCAGGUUACACGCACAUCGACGACCACGCCAUCGGCUCGACUGGUGGGCACUGCGAUAACCCGCCGAGUGGUGAAACUCGCGGACGCCGCCAGAAUGUCACUGCGGACGGAGGGAGGACGGGCAGGACCCAGGCGCCGCCGCCGCCAGAUCUCCGCAGGGAUAAGGCCACGCCGAACAAAAGCGCUUUCGUCGUUCAGAGAGCCGACUUGUACGCGCCGUUUCCACGAAAGAUCAUGAGGACUCUCCUGCCGUCGUUCAUAGACGUCGAUCCGUCCGUGAGACCUGACAAGGUCCCACAGUACGCGCCAUUCGAACCUGGCCGGCACGGAGACGAGAAAUCAAACACUUCUCUCUUCAAGGAUCACUGGCAUCACAAGGUCGACAAGGCCCCGGCUUCGACGCCUAAGUAUGCCAGGGCGCCCCACUGGGAAGGACUGCAGAGCGGCCUGUUGCCGGACCUCUACAGCUUCACCGAUGACACCCGAUUGGGCGACCAGGCCGGCCGCAAGUUGACGCGCUUCGACUUGGGCGAAGUUAUAUGACCAAUCGUCUUAAUUUGUGGCUACGUUCUCUUGUAUGGCAAAAUAUUACGAUACGCGGAUUAAAGAAAUUUAAGUGACACUCGA